CCCACUAUAAAGCAGUAGUUAUUUUCCUGACAUGUGAAAUGAGCAAGGUCAACGGAAACAUCUCCUUAUCAAAUGUUUAAACUAAAACCAGAAGCAAACCAUAACCAAACCAAACCAAACCAAACCAAACCAGAUCGAUCAUAGAGCAGAGAAUUCAGGAAAUGUUCCAAUGGGCAACUGCAUUUGCAUGUCUUCUUCCGUUACCCAUUUCACCCAAAUGGCCAAAGUGAUAAGCCCAGAUGGGAAAGUGAAGGAAUUCAUCGAGCCCAUCAGAGCAGAGGAGAUUCUGGUGCAAUAUCCAGGCCAUUUUAUCUGCCAUUCAGAUUGUGUGGACGUUGGGAAAUUCAUGGCCCCUCUUGAUGCAGAGGCCGAAUUGGAAUUGGGUGAAGUGUAUUUUGUUCUUCCUCUGAGGAAAUUGCAGUUUGCUGUUUCCAUGUCAGACAUGGCUGCCAUGCUUUUUGCAGCCAAUUCUGCCAUGAAGAGCAAACAUGGUGUGCUCUUCAAAGUCCUGCCUGAGGACACAGGGGCAGAAAAAGUUGCAGAGGAGAGGAAAAGUUGCAGAGGAGCAGAAAAAGUUGAAGAGGAAAAGUUGGGUGAUUCGGGAGGAUCUGAGGGAUUUGGGUUGUCAGGGAAUGCAUCAAAGACCAAGCUUGAAACAAUCAGAGAGGGAGUUGCUUUGUGAUGAAUGAAAUAUGUAUCGAUUCCAAAUUGCAGAGUUCUGGAGUGAAGAAGGUUUUAAUGGUGGUGGGGAUGUUUGUCAAGGCCAUAUUUUGAGCAGGAUUUCAUCACAAGCUUGAUUCAGUCCGGUUGGUGUGGAUAUGGAUGAUCUAUCACAGGUGCUGUGCCAGCUAUUUUAUCAAGUCAACGUGAACCUUGUGGUAAUGGCGUGACUGGUUUUUAGGUCCUUGUUCUUGGAGGAUCAAUUUCAUGGUGAUGACAACUGAGUUUUUAACUUUAAUUUGCCAAUUCCUGUGAGUAAAUCUUUAUUGCAAAUUUCUGAUAUUGGA